GGGAAGACUUACGACAACGACUGCAUAGCCCGCUGCAAUGGCAUCUACAUCUUCAUCCCUGGCACCUGCAGUGUUAUUCGCUGCCGGAAGAAGUGUCCAAGGAUUUUUAAGCCCGUCUGCGGAUCUGACAAUCAGACUUAUAACAACGGCUGUCUAGCGAGGUGCGAUGGCAUCCCCAACUUCAGACCGGGCACUUGCGAGUCUGCGUGUAUCUGUCUUUCCGUGUUCGAUCCUGUUUGCGGUUCAGAUGGAAAGACGUAUGGCAAUGCCUGUCAAGCCAAGUGCAACCUCAUCUUCGACUACACCAAGGGUAUCUGUCCCUCAAAGUGCGCUUGCCCCAGGAUUUUCGACCCAGUUUGCGGUUCUGAUGGGUUAACCUACAGCAAUGCGUGCUUUGCAGAGUGCGUAGGCGUCGUCGACUACACACCUGGUGAGUGUGAAGAAAGCGGACAACUUCAACUUCAACCCGCACCGACAGUGUAGUGAGAGCACCAGGUCCUAGGGUCAGACUACAAAUGUCUACAAGAAUACCAGCCACCUAGUAAAGGCAGCAAGAAUGCCAUCCAACCAUCAGGAGUGGGCCCGAGUAGAGCUGUAUGGCGAGUUGCAAUGCCAAUGAUGCUUCGACUUUAACAUCUGGAGAUUCCGAGUCGAAAACAGGCAGAGAAGCCAGCCCGAAUGUACUUAUGAAAGCAUCCAGGCUCCAGGGCAUCAGAGGAAGAGGUACACGAUGAUCAGAGGACAGAGGAUUUGGGUAGGUGGUCCCUACAGUAGUCUGAAUUGGAAACACGAGGUAAAAUUACUCAAGGGGAUAAGGGUCUGCUGAUCGAUCGGGGAGGGAGAGACGGUGACGGUUCUUCAAAGUCUACUCCUUUUUCAAAUUCCUCAACUAGUUCGCAAAAGGGGGGGAAGGGAGGAACUAGUUCGUAACGGCAGAUAUCUGGCACCUGGCACAGGAUGAAGAGAUUCUCUCCCCCUUUUCUAAGGACCUGCUCAGUCAAUCCUCUGGAUCCCAGAGUAAUCAAUGCUGGCAGGGGUUUUCCAAAUCAAUUCUGUAUAUGGGACGCUGGACCCGCUUUCCAGCAAGACGAUGCUCCCCAUCAAUGGACGGAGCCUCUCCCCCGGUGCUAGUGGUGCCUGCUCUUAAAAGUACCACUAGCACCAAAGGAGGCGUUUUUUGUGUAAAGCCCUUAGCUAUCCUAUCC